CAAACACUUGUUAAAAGAUAGUAAUAAAAGUGAUAAACCAUGUUAUCAUGAUAAUUUAUUUAAAACUAUUUACAGUUUGUAGUUAUGCGACUUUCAAAAUUAACUUAUAUUAGGUGUCUUAUAUUGUAUCUGAUUAGAAAAUUGCUGGAAAGGAAUUGUUAACUUCACAGUUGUCUUUUAAUGAUAAUCAUAAAAUAAAUAAAUAGUUUCAAAUAUGAGUUAUUUUUUCUGAAAUAUUUCAUUUUUAUGUUACAAUAUUCUAUCUAGUUAUUUUUAAACAAAUUAAAUACUGAAUAUUUUUCCAACAAUUUUGAAGUGCAACUAUGAGAGGUUAUAAAAUUAGUAAUUCUACAAGAGAUAAAAAAUUUGGAAUUGCCUGUUAUUCAUUUGAGGAUCUUCGAAUAAAAGGAUGUCAAAAAUUAAAGAUUAACAAUAAAAAAGUAACAAUAUUAUUACAAGACGGUACAAUUAUUGAUGAUGAAGAAUACUUUCAAACUUUGCCUAAUCAAACAUUAUUUAUAUUCCGUCUUAAUGGAGAAAAUUACAUGACAGGGGCCGACAUAAUUUAUAAUGCUCUAAAAACUGUUGAUGUAAAUCUAUUAAAAAUUUCAUCUGUUGAAAUUAAAUCAUUUAUGGAUGAAAACAUUAAAGAUAAAAUUAGAGUACUAUCUUCAAUUAUAGAUAUACAAGAUUCUGAAAAAGUAGAUUGCACUAUUUUAAGUUUAAGAUCAAAACAUCCUCAGUGGUUUGAAGAUUUAGAUACAAGAAGUCAAACAAAAGAAGAGUUUAUGUUUAAACGCAGUCAAGAAAGAAUACGAAAUUAUAUGUAUAAAACUAAAGCAGAUGUUAAGAAAUCUGAAAUAUACAUAACUGACAUUAAACAAAGACAUUAUCUUGACGAGGCAUUUGAAAAUUUUUCCAUCUUUUUAAAUGCUUACAAAUAUAAUGGACAUUAUUUUGAUAGAUCAAAUCAUCUAUGUCUUUGUGAUAGUUUAGGAACAUUUAGCUGCGAAGGAGCAUGGAAUCAAGAAAACUGUUCUUACGAGCGUGGCGUUGGGCACAAAAUCAAUCCAUACCAAAGUAAAGAGACCAGAAUAAUUUUUUCAACUUGGAAUUUAGAUCAUUGGAUAGAAAGAUCAAGAUCAAUUAUACCAGCACUUUUUAUUGCCAGUUCUCUUGCAGUCAUUAAUGACGUAUCCAUAAAUUUUCAAUAUUUUUAUGAUUUACUUUUCACUUCAAAAAAUCUUAAGUUAGUACAUAUUGUUUGUCAUAAUAAAGGACAACAUAGUAGUGCCAAAUGCGAUCCUGAACAAUUUCUUGAAAAAAAAGGGCUGACAAAUUUUAAAACAGGUCCGGAGUAUUCAAUAUUUUUAAGUUAAAAAGUUAUAAAGAAAUUUUAUGUCCUAACAUUUUCUAUCAAGAUACUUCAUUUUUCAAAAUUAUGAUCACUCUCUAAUAACGUCCCUAUACUUUUCUAGAAGCAGAUUUAACAAAAAAUAAAAAUUUAACUCGUUAAAAAAAAAAAAUCCGAAAACUUAUUAAAGGUUUAAUAAUUGAUAAAAAUUUUAAUGAUUUGAUAGUUUGUAUAAUAUAAAUUUAGAGAGUAUUUUUCUUACAUUCUCGUAUAUUGAAGUGUUCAAAGGCUGUAUGCAUAAUGAAAAAAGCUUUUUAACAAUUUAUAAUAAGUGAUGAACGAAAUAAAACGUCUUUAAAAUCGUAAGACCUAGACAUAGAAUUUACAGUACCUAAUAUAUACAUUAGGCACUGUAGACUCUAUUUCUAAUAAAACUAUCUACGUGUUAUUUAUGAUCCGUGUAUUAAUUUAAAAUGUUUGUGUCUAAUCAGGACCGAUCCGGUGCAUCCAUGGAGUAGUGUCCGU